UUCAAACCCGAGAAGGCAGUUGGAGAUGUUAAACGUUAUGUUGAAGCUUUUGUCGGCCUGUUUUUAUCUUAUUUUCUUCGGUCCAUUAGUAGCAGUUUUUAGUGAUGUAAGAACACCAUCCAAUCUCCUACGAAAUAACAGGCAAGAUGUGGUCUUCAUGUGGAAUAAUACGAAUGGCAGUAUCUUAUCAGUGGCAUGGGGUUUGCUCGAUAGCAAUGGAGAUAUCAAACCAGAGUUUAUAUACAUAAGCACUAGGACAAAUGGUCCAGUGUUUCGACCUGAUCUAGACACCACUGCCGUAAGGUAUAAAGGAAGAGUGAGCUGGGUUGGUAAUUUGAAUGCAGGACAUGCUUGGUUCAAGAUAACAAACCUGACUGUCCAAGAUACGAAUACGUAUGUUGCAGGAAUACGAAAACAAGAGCAGAGUGGAACAUCUAAAUACAAUACAAGUCUAACUGUUGCAGCUAUUCCAUCUUUUCCACAUUUCCCAACUUCACCAUACCUUGUCAAAGCUAUUGAAGGCAGAAACCUGGUAAUAGAUUGCACAGCCAUUGGACCUCCAACACCUACAGUACAAUGGUUUACAAGUGAUGGCAAAGAGAUAACAAGUGCAUCAGUAACAGGGACUGUUACAUUGACCAAAACAAAUGUGCAAAAAAGUCAUAAUGGAACCCAAUACAAAUGUGUGGCAAGUAACAACCCAAACAGUGACCCAUUUUCUACAAUGAUACAGGUGGUAGUACUGUAUCCUCCCAGUACUACCAUUGCUCCUCCUAGUCUUACAGUUGUACAAGAUAAUGUGAUCUCACUCAGCUGUACAGCAGAUGGUUAUCCACCACCAUCCAUAUCAUGGACGAAGGCUGAUGGUGUCAUCAAAGCUGGUCACACAGUAGCUGGGGGAACACUUGCAAUACCUGAUGCUAUCAAAACAGAUGCUGGCAAGUACAUAUGUACAGCAAAGAACACCUAUGACAGAAGGGAACACAUUGACAAUGCAACUGCCACUGUGACAGUUGAAUACCAGCCCACAAUCAUAUUGGACAGUCUAUUAAACCAAACUGUGAAUAACACUGACUCCCUGAGUAUGAAAUGUAAUGCAGAUGGAAACCCACCACCAACCAUCAAAUGGAAGACACCAACAGGGUCUGUCCACACAGGGAAUGUCUACAACAUCUCGUCAGUCAGCAGAUCACAGGCAGGGACAUACACGUGUACAGCUAGUAAUGGGAUAGGAAGAGAAGCAKUGGCCAGAAUACAAGUUACUGUUCAGUACAAACCAGCAAUAGAUUUAUCAAAAUCUUCUCUAACUUUCAAAUCAUGGAAUAAUAACAGUAUUCAUCUGAGAUGUUUUGCAACUGGUUUACCUGCACCACGGAUAUCAUGGUACAAACCAACAAAUCAGCAGAUCACUACAGGUGUGAACAUUGUACCCGAGGGUAGUGAGGUAACAGUACUGACAACAGCUGACCAAGGGGACUAUGGACAGUACAAGUGUCGAGCAACAAACAUCCUGGGAAGUGAUGAACACGCUAUCGAUGUUACUCAACUGUUUCCACCCAACUGCUCUAGCUUUGCAAUGACGGAAGGAGAUAUUGAAGCAUCCUCCAUAACUGUCAGAUGGAACAAGCCUUCUUAUGAUGGUGGAAGUCCUGUUACUGGUUACAAAGUACAAAUUAAUACGACUGAGAAAAAGGACACUUCUGAUUCAGAUACUAAUGUAAAGUUUUCUGGCCUUAAGAAAAAUACCAAKUACCAAGUGGAGGUGUUUGCAAAAAAUAUUGCUGGUUAUGGAAGACCAUGCAUCAAGAUUGUAACAACCAAGAAACUAGGUAAACCAGCUGUUCCUGGACUAACAGUAACUCUGGUCAAAGCUGCUGAAUUGUCGGUUAGACUGACAUGGAAGACACCUGACAGUAAUGGAAAAAAAAUAAACAAGUAUACAAUUUACAUGAAGGAAAACACUUCGGGUGAAUUUGCUAAAAUGGAUGAUGUGGACCCAGCAGUACUGGAAUAUACAGUAACAAAGAACAUGGAGUAUGGAAAGAUAUACAAAUUYGUAGUCACUGCUUGGAACACACUUGGAGAAAGUGAAUAUGAUGACACAAUGGUUAAGAGUAUAACAAUGMCUAAGAAAGAAAGUGAUCCAAACAAAGGCAAACGCACCACUAAUGUUGACGGAGAAUCCAAUGCUGCAGUGAUUCCUGGUGUAGUAGGAGCAGUCUUGUUUAUGUUGUUAGUUGGAAUCAUUCUUGGUAUCAUUAUUAUCAAGAAAAAAGGCCUGCUUAGCAAAGGUUUUGGAAGAAAGAGUCCAAGUAACAGAGCUGCAUAUGACAAUGAUGUCGAUCCUGACUCGGCAAACCAGCAAGCAGCAGCAGCUGGUCUGGGCGGUGAGGACGAUGGAGCACCGACCUACGCAGCAGUAGACAUGUCCAAGAAGAAGAAGAAAAACGACAUACCCGACUACGCUGUUGUUGAUAAGAGCAAGAAGAAGCGUCCAGGAGAAAUCAUAUACGCCGAGCUUGCUGACUUCAACACCGCUGGCUCAUCAUCAUCAGCAGCAGCACCUCGACCAAUAGCCUACACUAGUACCGAUUACGCUGACAUCACCCAGUUCCAGCAACAAGAGGAGCCAGAACCUACAUACGCUAACUUCCCAGGCCGCGGUAAAAAGUAUACUGACAUACAGGGUAUGUAAGGAGGUGUGUAACUAUAAAGUUUUGUUCACAUUGGACUAGUGAUAGUUUACUAGCAUUACUUACCAUAAGUGUGAAAUGACAAAGACAUGGCGGCCAUGUUGGUGGUAUUAGCAAAGGAUGCUAAUGAGAAAUGUUUUGUUAAAUACCAACAACUUGACCCAGCGUGCUCUCAAAAAAAAAAAAAA